AUCCUACCCUUCUUUUCUUUGUACCUCCAUAAUUAACUCAUCAAAAUCAAAACCCACAAACUCCCCACUUUACUUCACUCCACACUCUGCAGUUCUGCACUCCCAUUUUUAGUCUCCUCAUUUUCUCUCUCCUAAAAAUGGCAAAGAAGGUGACCAACUUCUCUGAUCUGAUCCAAAGAGUUACAGCUUCUUGUUUACUCCACCCUUUAGGAAGCAAUAGAUUCAUGAACCAAGUUGAUAUGACCCCGGAUCGAUUUUCACAGCCAACAAAUACCCAACUAAAAUCAAAGCUCACAAACCCAGAAAACGAUGAUGAUGAAGGCUACAGUUCCUCUUCUACUAAAGAAGAAGAAGAGCAAGAAAGCGGGGAAAUCUAUGAAGAUGCAAGAGAAACAGAGGAAGAAUUACAGAGCAAAAGAUACCAUAAUAAUACUGCUAACUGGGGAAGAGAGGAGAGAGAAAAUGAUGUAUGGAUGGUAAUGGGGCAAGUGUUUGACUCAAUUUCAUCGUUGAAGAAAGCGUAUGCGAAGUUACAGGAGGCACAUAGCCCGUGGGACCCGGAGAAAAUGAGGGUGGCUGAUGAGGAGGUGGUAGCGGAGCUACGGCGGAUGGGGGUGUUGAGGGAGAGGUUUAGGAGAGGAGGAGAGAGGAAGAAUGUGGUGGUGAGAGCAGCGGAGACGGUGAGCGAGGUUGUGGCGCCGUAUGAGGCGGUGAUGGAGGAGAUGAAGAAGGAGGUGAAGGCUAAGGAGGUUGAGUUGGAGGAGUUGAGAUUAAAAGUGAGUGCUUUGAAUGUGAGUGGUAAUGGUAAAAAAAAUGGGAGGUCUUCUUCUAGAAAGAAAGGUGGUAAUUUUGUUCAACAUCAAGUGCCAACAUCUCCAACACCAGACAUGUUUGGAGUAACAAUGAAGCAAGUUAGAGAAACAUCGAAAUCUUUCACUUCUUACCUUGUAUCUCUCAUGCGUUCUGCUCAUUGGGACCUCUCUGCUGCUGUCCGUUCAAUUGAAGCUGCUAUCUCCACCACUGGAUCAACCGCCAUUUCAAGUACAAAUCCCCACCAACACCAAACCAAGUAUGCCCUUGAAUCCUAUGUCCUUCGUAAAAUCUUCCAAGGUUUCGAUCAUGAGACUUUCUACAUGGAUGGGACCCUUUAUUCACUCCUCAACCCUUCCCAAUUCCGGAAUGAAUGUUUCUCCAAGUUUCGGGAUAUGAAAUCUAUGGACCCUUCUGAGUUGCUUGGCAUCUUACCAAGCUCUCCAUUUGGGGUCUAUUGUAGUAACAAGUACCAAGAAAUAGUCCAUCCCAAAAUGGAAGAAUCCCUUUUUGCUAAUUUGGAUCAGAGGAAUCAGCUUCUGAAUGGCACCCAUCCUAGGACUCCUUUUUACACCGAGUUCCUUGGGUUAGCCAAGGCGGUUUGGUUGCUUCAUUUGCUUGCGUUCUCACUUGACCCACCUCCAAGCCACUUUGAGGCAAGUCGAGGGGCUGAGUUUCACAUGGAUUAUAUGGAAAGUGUUGUGAGGUAUCCUGCUGGAAAAGUCCCGCCAGGUCAAGUUGUCGGAUUCCCAGUAAGUCCUGGAUUCAAGUUGGGCAACGGUUCUGUUGUCAAGGCUCGGGUUUAUCUUGUGCCAAGGAACUGAAUGGUUCAUCAGUAUAAUUUAGUUAGCUUGUACAAUGUGCUAGGACUGUUUUUUCCUCACCUGUAAUUCAAUGGACUAGUUCACAAGAAAACAGAAAUGAUUUUCUGCCAAAUAUCCACAACAUUUUUGUGCA